CGGCGUCUUUCAGUGGAGCUCGGCGGGGCAGCCGGGAGGACUCGGAGCGAGCGCUGCCUGCCUGCCGCCCCAGGCGAAGCGGAGACUCCGCGAACGCUGCGCCCUUGGGCUGCUGCUUGCCGGGCGCCUUCCUCCUCCGCCUCGACGCCGCCGCUCUUGCGGGAACUUUGCCGCCGGGAGAGCGGCGCUGGGGGUGGGGGGGACGAUGCUGGAGGGCGGCUGCACGCCGGUGAAGGAAGGCGUGCUGGAGAAGCGUAGCGACGGCUUGCUGCAGCUGUGGAAGAAGAAGCGCUGCAUCCUCACCGAGCAGGGGCUGCUGCUCAUCCCGCCCAAGCAGCCCCAGCAGGAGCCGCCCCCGGUGGUGCUGGCGGCGGCGGCGGCGGCUCCCGCGGGCGUGGAGGCGGCCAAGAUCAAGGAGCUGCCCUUCUCCACCAUGAAGACGGUGGACUGCGUGGAGCGGAAGGGCAAGUACGUCUACUUCACGGUGGUGAUGGCCGAGGGCAAGGAGAUCGACUUUCGCUGCUCGCAGGAGCAGGGCUGGAACGCCGAGAUCACGCUGCAGCUGGUGCAGUACAAGAACCGCCAGGCCAUCCUGGCCGUCAAGUCCACCCGCCAGAAGCAGCAGCACCUGGUCCAGCAGCACGGGCCCCGCCUCCGCAGCGCCUCCAACUCCGCCUAGAUGGGCCCCGCUCUCAGGUUGAAUUCAAAAGGCACUUACAAGCAAGAUGGAUCCUUUUAGCAGUUGAUCACAGACUUGACAAAUGAAAGGAGCACAGUGACAUGGGAGAGCAUCAGUUCAAUCAGCGGAGUCUUCCCAUUUUUGGUACAGUUCAUCACUGCUCUGGGAAAGUAUUUCAACUCCUUUAGGGUAUUACUGCUACUCACGAGGAUUAUUUGACUUGUUGGGCCCCAAAGGAUGCACACUGCACUGUCAUUUUUAUUCUAAUGUGUAUUGUUUUUUAUGUUUAUUUAUUAGUUUUUUUAAAAAAAAUUGUUUGCAGAAUAUUUCUGAAUGUAUGCCAUCUAGAAAUUAAUCAGAUACAGAGCAUAACUGCAUUGGUUGUAUAUAUUGCUACCCUUAGAAGCAGAAUAUUGAAGACAGAAUACAGGUGAAAUGAAGAGAUUUACCCAAAGGUGAACUUCAUAGUUCAUUUUUCACAUACACUACCCUGGUUUUAAUUUCUACAAGUGAAAGACUCAUGAAAUCAAUGUAUGAAGUAUAUUCCUGCACAUCAAGCAUCUUUAUCACAAUCAUAAUGCAGAAGGAGAGUCUCUUUCCCAAGGAGAGCAAUAACUUGGAGCUUGAUUUCUAGGUUAUUUUAAUUUUUAUUACAUAUCCAUCUGGAGAGUAUUAUAUUUUGUAUUUAAUAGUCAGUACACUUGGGUAUGCCACUUUACUUGGGUUCCUGUUUCAUGCACAUGCUAAAGAAAUUCAGCUUAAUUGGCUAUCAAGGAGAUUAGAUUUGAAUUAAAAAUACAUUUUAAUAGUA